AUGUCAGAGCCGAUGCUCUCACAUUCACCGUCCUUACUUCCCAAAUUGGCUAGCCGUGGCGCUAUCGCGCUUCCUCUGUCGCUCACCACCUCCAAUAUUUCGUCCACCUCCGCCGCGAAAAGCUUCGAAAACCUACACCUGAACAACACGCACCUGAACAACACGCACCUGAACAACACGCACUUGAACAACACACACUUGGACAACCCAGCGCAACAACGAUUCCGACAACAGAACGGCACUCCGAUUUUCGACCACACUGGAUCCACUGGACUCACUACAACGCCUGUGCUUCGACAUCCCCUAAGCCGCCUAAGAGUCUUUGACUCUCUUGAUCAAGUACUUCAAGAUAUCAUUCACAUCUUGGAAUGA